AUGGCCUGUGGGGCGCUGUCGGGUGGAUGGAUUCAUCCCCGCGGAAUCGAGUUUGGGGCGCCGCCAGGGGGCGCGGCCCGGCGACGAACACCCCGGGUUUACAGGAGUACCCCAGGGGCGCAGCUGUCUGCCCUUCCCUGCCCGCCCGGAGGAGCAGGAGCAGGUGGAGAGCGGCCGUCCCGGGUCAGAGGGUCAGCCCCAGGGCAGGGCGAUGGGCAGGGCCUGGAGCUGCGCUGCGACUGCCGCUGGGAAAGCCAUCCUGCCGCAUGGCGUGGCCGGAGAGCCACCAGGGGAGGCCCUCCUCGAGCACUGACCCAACCCAACGUCCGCACCCUCUUCUCGUUCACCAGCGUCACCACCAGCGCGACUCCUGGAGGCACCAAGGCUGCUCGCCCCUGUGACCUCAGUGCGAGGACCCCUGGGCACAGCCAGGCCGCCCCUCCAGCCGGCAGAGUGGCAGAGGGCACAGAUGACCACAGGGCCCUGGGGGAGGCUGGGGCCACCAGCAGUCCCCCCCUCGGCCCUCCCACGGCUGGCGACAGGUCCGCGGACACCCCGACAGGAGGCUCCCAGAGCCAGGGCCCCCUCCCCGGCUCCGCAGUGUCCGCCGAGCAGCAGGAUGUAGGGCCCGAGCCCUUGUCAGCCCCUGAGGACAAGGACAAGAGCGAAGCCGCUGGGGGCCGCGGCCGGGAGCGGCCGGAGGAGGUCACACCUCUGGGGCCGCAGGAGCCCAGGCAGGAGAGGCUGACCGAGGGCGCGGGGGUCACGCGGGGCACCGCGGCUUCCCCAGGAGGCGCCCAGGCUCGGGAAGAGACGCCGCACGAAGCGAGUGUCGCCCACGGGCAGGCAGGGCCAGCGCCGGCCCCGUUCGCGGAGACCCCAGCCUCGGGGGCGACAGACCGGCCCCGCGCAGAGGACCCCGCGCCCGCCUCGCCGGGCCCGGCGCAGGGCGCCCUGAGGACGUGGCCGCUGGACCCCAGCCAGUACGCGGCCCUCGAGGAGAACGACUACAUGCAGUCGGUGACCAGCCUGCUGGGCGGGGGCGAGGGCGCCAUCGGGCCGCUGGCCGACGUCCUGGUGUGGCCCGAGGCCACCGUGGGCAUGGGCUUGGCGCUCGGCCUGCUGGCCACCGGCCACGCCUCCCCCAGCGACCUGCUGAGCGCCGCGGGGCCCGGGCUGCGCUCCGUCUCCAGCAUCCUGGGCAGCGCCAGCUUCUUCCCCGGGCUAAUGGCGGGCGCCGGCUGGGCCCUGCGCUCCAUCGCCCAGACGCUGGGGACCGUGGAGCAGAGCACCCGGGAAGGCCUGCGCUCGGCCGUGCGCCACCUCGCCGGGCACCUCUGCCCACGCGGGGCCCCCGCAGCCCCGAGCGGUGGGUAGAGCGCCCAGUGGCCCCUGAGGACUGUCGCCUCGUCCCACUCAGCCCUGCUAUGCCAAGCAAUAAACCAGCAGCCAGCCAGCGGUGGUGUUCUGAGCGCCGGCGCUUCCGCCCCCAGCACUCGGGAAGAGGAGAGAAGAGGCCGCCCCCGCAAAGGCUCCUCGGGAGUCCUGUUCAGCGGGCACAGGAAGAGCAGUCCACAGGGAGACAGCCCUCGGGAACGCGAGAGGGACCCAGGGAUGGAGGGGGCAGUGAAAGUUUUUGAAUGCAUUGCCUGUACUGUUGCAGCACUUGGGAGGCUGAGGCAGGAGGAUGGCAAGUUUGAGCCCAGCCUGGGGACUUAAUG